GUCAAAAUGGAGGACAGAGGGAAUUCAGGUGGCAGUUUUGAUGGUACAUAUAACAAACUGAUUAGUCAAGAGGACUUGAGCGGAGAUGAGCACUCGCUCUACUCAAACCAAGAGAAGCAACAAGUUUCCAUGUCCAUGGUGAGACCUGACUCCAGUUUGAAUCAUUACAAACUGCUCACAGUGAGCCUGGCAGUGCUCGCUGCCAUUCUACUAGCAGCUGAUAUUGGCCUGGGAGUCUACUAUAGCAGACUUACUGAUGGGUACCGUACAGUAACGGACAUCAGCAGUGAGGUGGCCAAACUGCAGGCUACUUACAACGCUGCAAUCCAAAGCAGGGAUGAAGCCAAGAAACAGUUGGCAAAAGAGCUCGGUGAGCAGCAACUUACCAAGUGGGAGCUUGAACACCAGAAGAGAAGAAACACUGACUAUGAAAGACUGGCUGACAAAAUUCGAAUGGAAAUUGCACCGUUGAAAUCCCACAUGCCAAUGAUUGAGGAGGGCUGCAGACACUGUUUACCAGGAUGGACUUUAAUGAACUCAGUGUGUUACUACUUCGCUCUCUCUGAUGCUAUGUCACGCAGAUCGUGGCAGGAAGCCAGACAGUUCUGCACAAGACAAGGAGGCGAUUUGGCAGUGAUAGACAGCAGAGAGAAACACAUGGCAGUAGCUGACUUGAUAAAUAAUUAUCGAGACCCUUUGAGACCCAUAACCCAGAGUGGCUUCUGGAUUGGACUAACGGAUGUGGAGGAGGAAGGGACUUGGAAAUGGCUGGAUGGAACAAGACUGACUGAUGGGUACUGGAAUGAUGGCGAGCCUAACAACGUUCAUGGUAAUGAGGACUGUGCAGCUGCCUACCCCAGAAGCAACCCCUUUAAGUCCUGGAACGAUGCUCCAUGUACUUAUGAACUGAAAUGGAUUUGCGAAAUGGCACCAAAGUCUGCGAGUUAAUGUGUGUUUUUUUAAAUCACAUUUGGUUUUUGUUUAAUUAUUU